AUGGCAGAUGAUGCCGGUGCCACCGCGAGAACCGAAGAAUCAGGAGGCAUUGACGGCGAUGAUGAUCUGUUUGAGUACUUGGAGCUCAAGCGCAAGGAGGUUGCAGCAAUGACGCAAGCUGCUGAGAUCGCACGCGAGCAGGCGGUGCACCUGCUUCGUCUGCAACGUCAGGUCCAAGCGAUCGAGAGUAUGGCAGCUGGCACAGGAAGCAUAGAAGAGGCCGGAGCUGUCUCUGCACCUUCCGAAGCAGGAGCAGAGGCCUUCGAUUGCCCAGUUCACACCUCUACACUGUCUUUGGAGGACAGGAGGCGGUUCGGUCUGGAAGCUACUCCUCCUCCCUCCGAGGUGCAGAUGCAGAGCAGAAGAUCAGACCCAUCCGUCGAUGACAAUCCGCAGGCGCGCAGCGGACAGAUGCCUGAGGAGUGGACGUGGCAGACGCAGAGCGCGGCCUCUGAGGCUCCUGCCGAAAGCGAAGAGACGGCCCCGCCAUGGAGCAGCCUUUCUUGCGAAGACCGAAAGCGCUUUGGUCUGGACGGUCAAGACCUGCCGCCUUCGCAGAGGAUGGAAGCGGCGUCUGGCAACCCCCAUCUCCCGACUGCAGUUUCAAGACAUGCAGUCAGUCACCAUCCAGAUGUGCUGUGGGGAAAUGCUGGAAUGCCUGGACCUCCAUCCAUGGCGAAGACGCUUGCACAGUUGGAGGCAGUUGGCAUGGCCACUAACCUCUCGCGGCUGGAGGAGACGGAGCGAAAGCUUCAACGACUGAAGCUGGGAUGA